AUGUUUUGUGAGAAUGAUCCGCCAUUAUUUGAUAAAAAUAUUUCCAUCGUAAUGCAACAAGCACUUUAUGAAUUUCGAUCAACAUACGAUGUAUUACAUCCAUAUGUAUGCCUUUUAAUUUGCCCGGCGGGUAUUUUUGCAAAUAUAAUUCAUAUUUUGGUAUUAACCAGACCAAGCAUGCUACGAUCAGCAGUUAAUUGUGUAUUAGUUGUCAUUGCUGUAUGUGAUAUUAUUACGAUGAGUUCAUAUCUUUUAUAUAUUGUUAAAUUUAAAUUUCUUAUGCCAAUAUCAGGUAUGGGAGUAAGUUAUAUAUGGGUAGUAAUUCUUAAAAUUCACGCCGUAACGUCUAUAGCACUUCACGGAAUAACAUUGUAUUGUUGCGUGACGUUGGCUAUUAUUCGUUGGAGUGCUUUGGCACAAUCUCGAAAUUCACUUUUUCAGCCUAGUACUUCAUGGUUGGCUUGA